AUAUAUAUAUGUAUAUAUAUAAAUAUUUUGAAUAUAUAAGCUACAUACUUAAUGAUAAUAUUCUAACAUAUACAUAAUAUACUUGUUAUAAUAUUUAACUAUAAUUGCAUAUAUACAUCCAUAUGUAUAAAUAAUAAUAAUAACAAUAAUAAAAGGAGAGUAUAAAUAGUAAACCCAAGAGGAUUAAACUGAAUAUUUGCUGACAUUAUAAGCAGACGAAAAAAGAAGAAGAACAACAAAUAAAAAAAAAACGGACUUACGAAAAAAAAAUUGAAAAAAUAGAAAUAAGAUUGAAAUUCUCAAGAACCCGAACAUUAAACAGAAAAAAUUUUUUUUUUGGUGAAGAGAAGUAGGUGAGGAAGCAAUAAAAUUAACACAAAACACAUGUUAUUUAAUAAGUCAAAACUUUUCCUGUUUUUUUAUCUUAAAUUUUUCACAUAUAAUAAUUUUUGAUUUCUACAACAACUGAGGAGGAUAUAAUUUAAAAAAAGAAAAACGAAAAGAGACAACCCGAAACAAAAAGUCAUCUCAAUAUAUCAAAUGAUUUAAAUAUAAAUAAAUAUACAUAUAUAUAUAUAAUUAUAUAUGUAUAUAUGAAUAUUAAAUAUAAAAUAUUUGAAGAAAAAAAAAACGAACCGAAAUAUAAAAUAAAACCAUAGAUAAAAUGAAAUUAUUAAAAAUGCAAAAAAAACAAUCAAAAAUACAACAACAACAAAAACAUCAACAACAAAAUGGAGAACAUCUGCAACAAAAUCAACAACAACAAAAUAAUAUUCUUACAUCAAAAAUAUUUCAACAAAAAAAUUAUAAUAAAUUAAUUAAAAAUUAUGAUAAUAAUGAACUGAAUUUAGUUAAUAAUCAUAAUAAUAAUAAUAAAAUAAAUAAUAAAAAAAUUAUAUUUAAUUUAAUAGAAAGAAAAAAAUUUAUUAUAAUGCCAAAAUUAAAUUUGCUCCUGACAUUCAUCACUGCUUUAGUUUUAUUAAGUAUGCCCACCAUAAUAAAUGCGACUGAUUUACAAGAAGAAAAUUUAGUAGAAUAUGAAGAUAUUAAAUUAAGUACAUUGAAUAAAAAUGUUACAUAUGCAAGUAGUACUAAAUACUAUCUAAGAGGUAUGGGCCCAUUAUAUAAUGCAACAAAUCAAAUAUUAGAUUGGUUUAUUGGUAAAGAAGCGAUACCAGAAGAUUAUAUAGUUGUCACAGAGGGUAAUAUUCAAUUUGGAUCAAAAGUUCAUAAUAAUGAUUGGGGUGAUCUACUUAAACAUUAUUGGGCAAUUUUACUUGUUAUUGUUAUCACUGCAUUACUGGUUGUACUAAUGCCUAUAAUUGGAUUAUGCUUCUGUUGCUGCCGUUGUGCUGGAAGUUGUGGUGGUAGAUCUCAACCAUUUGAUAAAAAACAUGAUACAUGCCGACGAGUAUUUUUAGGACUUUUAUUAAUUUGUGUUACAACUGGAAUCUUAUUUGGAGUUGUUGUAACAUUUGCAACUAAUACAUAUAUACAAGAGGGUAUUGAUACAUCAACGACAACAGUAAGAAAGGGUACACAAGAUCUUCAGAAAUAUUUAAAAGCGACAACACAAGAAGUCGAUUAUUUAUUAGUACAUAAUUAUGAUCAAUUGUCAAAUCAAUUACAAAAUGUAUUAAAAAAUACGUCCGAUGUUGUUAUUAAUGAAUUAGAAGAAACAUCAAGAGCAGUAUCAUUAACACAUUUAACAGCAUUUGUAAAAACAUUUCCAGAAAUACAAAGUAAUUUAGAAAGAAUGAAAACAAUUACAAAUGAAUUACGAGUGAAUGCAUCACAAUUAAGCGAUGGUUUACGUGGUGUUAAAAGAGAACUUUUACAAUCAUUAAAUAAAUGUAAUGUUAAAGAUUGUAAGGAUGUUAUGAGAAAUUAUCAAAUUGGUAAAUUAGAUGCAAAUGGAAUUGAUUAUAAUCAGGUGGAAGACAGAUAUUUUCCAAGGUUACCUGAUGUUACAAAUAUUAUUCAAAGUGUUCAAGAGCUAGUUAAUAGUGAUGUUGCAAAUGCUGUUACUAAUGGUAAUAAAGCUAUAAAUGAAAUGAAAACAAGUUUAAAUGAUGCAAUUAUGACAAAUAUUCCAAAAGUUAAUGAUGCAGUCACUAAAGCUGGUGAUGCAAUUAAACAAUUGAGUAAUCAAUUAGCAAAUUAUAUGGAUACAAUGUCAAAUGUUAUUGGAAAUAAAACUGAUUAUUAUACAUAUGAAGCUGAUAAAUAUUUAGAUGAAUAUAGUAUCUAUCGUUUUUAUAUUGGUGUUGCUAUUAGUUCAGUUUUAUUAUUGGUGUUAUGUGCUCUAACAGUUGCUUUAUUAUGUGGAAUAUGUGGUAAACGUCCAGAUGGUUAUGGUGAUGAUUGCUGUAAUAAAGGUUCUGGUGCAAGAUUUUUAAUGCUAGCUAUAUCCGUAAUAUUUUUGACAAUAUCAGUAUUAGCUGCAGCAACAUUAAUACAUUUCUUAGCUGGUUUAAUUCUUCACCGUGGUGUUUGUGUGCCGUUAAAUAAUCCAGAUAGUGAUCAAAUAUUCCAAUAUAUUGAUAAUUAUGUUGAUUUAAAUAAAUUAUUUAAUCAAAAUGUUCAAAGUAAAAAUAAAAAUGGUAGAAAUUUUCAAAAUACUGGAGCAUUACCACCGUUCCGUAUAUCAAAUGUUAUAAUUGAUUGUCAAAAAAAUAAAACAAUUUAUGAUGUAUUAAGAACACAAAAUUAUAUUGAUAUUGAACAUAUUAAAGAAUAUCCAAAUGAUUAUGGUAUUUAUAAAACAUUAGAGAAUUUAAAGGAACAAAUAAAAAUUGAUACUGAUCGUUUUGUAAUGUUAAAUAAAACUGAUAAAGAAAAAAUUGAAAAAUUAAAAAAUUCACAAUUAAAAAAUUUUGAUGCUGAUAAAUUUGUUGAUAAUUUAGAAAAGAAUAUAACAUUACAUGAUUUAAAUGAAAUUGCAAUUAAAUUACGUCAAACAGCCGAAAAUAUAAAAAGUAAUAGUAAAAUGAUGGAUGUUGAAGUAAGUUUAAAAAAUCAAGCAUUACAUUUAGAAACAUAUCAGCAUAAUUUAGUUCAACCAAUGCGUGAUCAUUCAAAAGAAUUAAGUCAAUUAGCAUUGAAUUUACAAAAAAAUUUAAAAUUAAAAGAUAAACCAUUUGAUGAUUCAAUAAAUGAAAUAUUAAAAGAAAUUGAACAUGCACAAAAUUAUAUACGUGAUCAUGGUGAAAAUUUUGUACGUAAAGAAGCUGUUAAAUUGGCACAAUUUUUCAAAAAUCAAAUACAAAAAUAUUUAGAAUUUGUAAUAAAUGCAAUUGAAAAAGAAAUUGGUAAAUGUGCUCCAAUUGCAAAUGUUUAUGCAUCUGGUGUUGUACUAGGUUGUAAUAAAAUUGUUGAUCCACUUAAUGGCUUUUGGGCUGGUCUAGGAUGGUGUGUAAUGUUAUUCCUUCCGACACUUGUGAUAAGUAUUAAAUUAUCAAGUUUAUAUCAAAAGUCUGAUCCAUAUCCUGGACCAUUAGUUGAAUCAGAAUAUUUGUAUGAUGCCUACAGUGAACGUGAUAACAUUCCAUUAGCAAAUGGACCUAAAAAUAAACGAAGAAAAAAGGAUCGUUCUCGUGGUUCACGUGAUCGUCGUGGUGAUUAUUAUGAAGAAUCUGGUUCAUCACAUGGACAAGUUGGCACUGGUGGACGUGAUACACGUUAUAAUGACAUGGCACCAAAACAUUGGGAUGGUGGUCCACCACGUUAUACAAAUCCACCAAUGGCCCCACCAGCAUCUGAAUAUGAAAGGCCACCGCCAUAUUAUUAUCCAGGAGCAUCUGAGCAAGAAUAAAACAAAAUGAAGAAAGACAAGAUAACAAAAAAAAAAAAUAUUGAACGUUGAAAUUUUUGACAAUGAUGAUAUCCAUAUACAAUAGAGAUUAUGAUGAUGUUUUAACAAAAAAUAUGGGUUUGAUGAUUGCGAUAAGGAUGAAGAAAAAUAUUUAAAAGUAUAAUAAGAAAAGGAAAAAUUAAAAUGACGAAGAUGACAAAAAAUAUUAUGAUGAUUAAAUAUUGUGAAUGUGCUUAGCCAGUUUUUAUAAAAUGAAAAUAUAAAAUGAGUAAAACAAAUACAAUAUAAAUUAAUUGAAGAAAAAAAAAUUUUAAAAACUAAAUAAAAAAACAAAAACUGAAUAAAAUAUUAAUCAGAAACGAAGAAAUUUCAGAUUUCCAUUUUUUUAAUAAAAGAAAAAAUAAAUUUAAAUUUAAAUUUGUAAUUGAAAAUAUGCUCUUAAAAUCAUGUUUUCAUAUUAAAUGGAAUAAAAUACAAACAAAAAUGAAAUAAAAAAUGUAGAUUUAUUUAAUCUUUUAUUUUUGUUUUUAAUUUUAAAUUAUACACAUAUACGAAUUAAAAAGAAAAAACAA